GCCAGACUGACUGAUGAUGUAACUAAUGAAGGAAUGGACUUUGAGUCUAAUGACUUUAUGGGAUGGAACAGAUCUUUUGAUCUUGAGUUUAGCUUUGAAUCUCAAUCUCAAGAUUUGUUCUUGACUCGUGUUGAUAUAUAUUAUUAUAACAAUCCAUCAGGAGGAUAUGGACUGCCUGAUAUAAGGACUGGUAUAUCUACUACUGGCACUGAAGAUAGUUAUACUAAUGUUGUCAGUACAUUUAUUGAUAAUUCAGAAGUAUCUCAGUCUGAUGAUAAUGUUCAAAUGCUCUCACUGAUCAUACUUACUCCACAGAAUUUCUUAUUUUUAUAUCAGUUCUUUCGUUUGCAGUUCAUUUUUUCAUCAUCUUUUGCUGCAACUCAAACAUUCAUCAGUGAAAUGAAGUUCUUCACUAACACAGACACUUCAUUUCCUGCUGUUCCUAUUGUAUUCAUGUCUCCUAAUCAAACACUGCAGCCUGAUACAGUACAGUCAUCUCUUACCUUAUCCUGUACAGUCGACAAUAAUGGAACCUUUGCCUGGACUUGGACUGGCCCUGGAGUUAGUGAUGGAGAUAUUAAAGCAGCAGAUACCACAAGGACCAGUAUAUUGAUGUUAUCUAAUAUCAGUGCUGCUGAUGCUGGGGAUUAUACCUGUUCUGCCUCUUAUCUGGCAUUUGGUGAUUCUCUUGAUCCUUCGAAUAUUGUUUUUAAUUCCAUAAAACCUGACAUGAAUACUACAAAUAACAUCAGUUUAACACUUUCUAGUAAUGUAUCAGCAGAAGUCUAUUAUGAUGGACUGUUAGUACGAGCAGGGAAUACAGUGACUGUUCAAAAAGACACUCACGUCACACUAUCAUGUACUUUCACUGGAUACCUACCAGCGGAUUAUCAGAUCAAUUGGAUGGACAGCAGCAACAUGGCUGAUGGUACUAUAACUAAUGGUGAUGAUACUCGGAAUAUUUCUCAAAGAGGUGGUUUUUCUACUAGUCCAGCUGUACAGAGUAACUAUACUAUACUGUCAGUUGAAGUAGAUGACAGUGGUCCCUAUACUUGUAGUAUGGAUGGAACUGAACUGAAGGAAACUAUAUCACUAAUGGUGACUAGUGCUACUGUAUCAU